GUUCUGAUGCAGUUCAGCAGCGGCGGCCUGACGCUGGAAUGCGAAACUACAAGUUAUUUAGCCGAAACAAGAAAUUGACAAACGUCGGCGCGCUGUUUCGGAAACAUCGCGGCUCUCUCCGGGACUCAGCUGCGGUCUGGGACAUGAGGGAGACUCCCGACGUUUGGGGAUGAGACGAGGUCGGAUAUUUCGGCAUUUGCAGCUUUGGGCUUGUUGACUCUCUGUGUUGGCUCAGGAUGGCGCAGGGAGGCUCUCAGCUCGACUACCACAUCCUGCAGGACCUCAAGCAGCGUUUCCCAGAGAUCCCAGAGGGGGUAGUGUCCCAGUGCCUUCUGCAGAACAACAAUAAUCUGGAUCUCUGCUGCCACCUGCUGGCUCAGGAGAGUAACAGAUACCUGUAUGGAGACUUCCAUCACAGUCCAGAGGAGGGGCGGCUGAGCCGAAACCACAUGCUCCACAUCAGUCUGGGCUACCAAGGCUCGGAGGCGAGCAAAUCCAAUGGUGGAGCGGCGGGAGUAGGUCGCUCCCUCGUGCACAGCACCAGUGACAGUCACAUCGAACCCCAGCGGCCCAGUUACCCGGAGCCGCUGUCAGCUCCCGCCACCAUAGCCCCCUCCCCCGGAUACAAUCCCUUCUUUAUGAACGAUCAGAGCCGCUCGGCCAGCACUCCCACCCCCCCACCCACAAUGCAGGGCAUGUCUCCCACAUACUCCCCGGUCCAGCGCUACACUAUGAACCCAAUAACCGUCACUCUGUCGUCGCAAAGUAUACCCAAUGUCCCACAGGCUCUGCAGAUCCCUCCGGGGCACUACGCUAACAGCUCCAACACCACCCUGUACAUCCGACCGUCACCCUCUCAGAGCCCACAGCCGGCCCCCUGGUCCUCCUCGGGGGCGCCCGUCUAUCAGCAUCAGCAGUCCCCCUACAGCACUCCCACGUAUGGCUCGCCUUACAGCUCCCCACAACAUCAGGUCCAGCCGCAGCCCCAACCUCAACCCCAGCCGCAGCCCCAGCACCAGCCCCAGCACCAGCCCCAGCACCAGCAAUAUGUCUUCCUCCCUAUUAGCUCCCCCACCCUUCCCAGCAUGCCCUACCAUCACCAGCAGCAACCGCAGCAACAGCCGGCUGUUUACAGGCCCUACCACACAAAAAGCUCGCUCAUGAACCAGAUAGAAAUCACCCUGGAGGGUCCGCGACCUCGCAGCAACUCACCCGUGCACACUGCACACCCACAGGGCCUUUACAUGGCCACCAGCCCGUCGCCCAGCUCCCCGUCAAGGGGCGUCACAAUGACCGGACCUCAGGGACCGGCGGCGUUCCACCCUGGGAUGUACCUGCAGCACCAGGGCCCCACGAGGCCUCGACCCGCCUCCUCCCCUCAGCCGGGCCAGUCGGCCCAGUCGGCCUACACCUUCAAAAUCAAAGUAUCGCCUGGAGGUCAGGCUCAGAGGCCGCUAAGCUCGCCUCCUGUGGCCGAAGCAGAGUCUCUUCUCAACAUAGUCGACCAGGGGGAGCGCAACUCUGCCCCGGCACCCAUCCUGCCCAUCUCCGCUCUGCCAGGAAACGUCGCCAGUCAGUUGCAGCAGAUGCCCCGGCGUUCAAGCUCAGGCUCUGAUGACUAUGCCUACACACAAGCUCUCUUGCUCCACCAGCGGGCGAGGAUGGAGCGACUAAUGAAGGAGCUGCUGAUGGAGAAGCAGAAACUGGAGCAGCUGAAGGCCGACGUCAACAACAUGGAAUACGACGCUCUGCAAAGACGCUUCCGACGAGUCAACUCCACCAGUCUUAUACCCCGACCCGAAGAGAUGACCAGGCUGCGGAGUCUGAACAGACAGCUGCAGAUUGAUAUCGACUGUACACUGAAGGAGACAGAUCUGCUGCAGUCUCGAGGGAAGUUCGACCCCAAAGCGAUGAACAACUUCUACGACAACAUUCAGCCCGGCCCGGUGGUGCCGCCCAAAACCGGGAAGAAAGAAGGCGAGCAGGCCUCCAAGCCAGCGCCGGCCCCCCAGAGGGACGAGGACUUUGAAGGAGCUCAAUGGAACUGUGAAAGCUGCACCUUCCUCAACCACCCUGCACUCAACCGCUGUGAACAGUGCGAGAUGCCACGCUACACCUGAACUUAGCACUGCGCUGUAUCGCCCCCACCUCCCAAACUCCUGCCCCGUCCUUCGCAAUACCCUCGGAUACUAUAAGCCCCCCCCCUACCCACCGGCCCUACAGAAUCUGUGUAGAGGUUCUUCCCCCAUGUCAAUCAAUAUAUAAGCCCCUCCUACCUGCUGAGGAAGAGCCACUAUCCCUCUCUGCCGACUCGUCCUGCUCCCGUCCUCUACUCCUGUGCACUUUUUUUUUUGGUUUCCUUUUUGGCGGAUGAUGAAUCUUUUCUCGGGACAGUUGGAGACGACUCCUCGUGGCAAAAAAAAAAAGAAGAGGGAGCGACGCGCCGCGACUUCCGGGCGGCUUCAGGAAGGCCGAAGCGACGCGAGGGUUCAAGGAGGAGGAGGAGGAGGAGGAGCUACGGUUUACCGAGCGAACAUUCCACGCAGAACGAGUGACUGCCCUGUUUACACUGUGCCCAUUCCUGAACUCGGAAAAAAAACAAAACAACAACAAACGGAGGCACUUCCACUUUAAUCCAGGACCUCUAACGCCCCUCUCGGGACAGUGGAACAAUGAAAGAAAUGGUAUAUGAGUUCUGACUAAUGCGAAAACGUAGACUGUACACUGUAUCUGGCUCUGUAUUAGAGCUCAUUUCACUGAAAGAACACUAAAGACACUUGCAUAUGAGUAUAUUCCUGGUACUUUUAUGCAUAUUAUGCCACCCUGUAUUAUGUGUUCAAAAGAUGUUGAUUUCCUGUGCAAAUGCCUCAACUUGCUGUACUUAAUAAAGGAGCUGAUUCUAUGUGACUUGA